UCUUCACGGGUCGAAUAAUGCCUUGAAUUUGGCGGCUAUGUGAAUGAGAAAAAUUAUGUAGCAAUAUUCCAGCAAUACCGCGGCAGAAUAACAAAGUAUGUUUUUCACUCAUCCAAUACCGGUAGGGAGGCGUUACUGGUAGACUGCCCCUCUGUUUGACGCUGGUACAAUAUAUUGGAAUCCCUCUGACGUCCUGGUGUGUUUCUAUUUUAGUCUUUACGUCCAUGGGCCACACAACAUUAUCUACAGCCCGGGGCCCAGUCUGAAGAUUACCUUCACUUCCGGGAUCUCUACCACUAGGGGGCGCGGCUUCCGCAUAAAUGUUCUCUACGGCAAGAACAAACAUGACCUUGACCGCCAGUUUCGGCGUGCCCCAAUUCCGCCCCCACAACAGGGUCACAAGAUCCGGCCUCCUUCAUGCCCCUGCUGCUGGCUAUAGCAAUGGGAACUCUGUUUCUGUUCGUCUCUGUCUUCAUCUGGGUAGCUUGUCGACGUCAUCGACGACAACGUCAAAUACGUCAGCAACAGGAAGUCUCGCUCAGCGUCAACGUACACGGUAUUCGCCGAGAUUCCGGCGUCAGUACACACGGAAGGCCUCUACCAAUUCUCAGUUAGAUGACGCGCUUCCCGCCAAGAAAACAAACAAAGUCGUGAGAACAAAUAGCAACCGAUCGUGGGCGGUCCGAGCGGAGUUGACGUCAACGACUACAACAGCACCCAGUAAUAGUGACGGCCACCCCGUACCGUGCAUAAUCUGUACACUCCAAUGGAAAAACUGGAAAUGCUUAAAGCUAAACAGAUGCGUGAAGGUCAAAGGUCAAACUAAGGUUGAGAAUCAGACCCUGCCACGCGACAGAGUAGGAACGCUGGAGAGAGUGCCGGAGAACACUUUAAUGAUGAAAAUACCCACGUCAGGAUUCGAACCCGACCAGGACGAUGGUUACCUUGGUCCAUCUGUCGCACCCAAAGUAACCACUUCAUAUCUGCAUUUGCCCGUCACUCUCAGUCCUGAUCUCAGCAACGCCAGGUUUGGUUCAGUUUCUUCAACUGGAAGCUGCGACGGCGGCUACCACAACUUCACCGUCGUCGGCCGUGUAGACCUGGUGUAG